GCUCGUAAGGUCAGUGUCCACGUUCGAUCGAGGUGGCUAGCGAAUAUGACUGGACUAAACCGGAGGGUGAUCACGAUCACUACAAUUCUGGUGGCCUUUAUCGGCUCUUCAUUAUCACUAGAUUUGUUUCACUCGAAGGAGACAAGGACAGUGGUAAAUGGAUCGGAGGAGGCAAGACAACUCCACGAUCUCAGAAUCGAAACAGUGAUCGAGCCUGUUGACGCUGUGAUUGUUAAGGCCGUUGAGAUACCUGAGGAGAAGAUCACUUAUGAGGGCUCGCAACUUUGGAGGGUCAACGCCGAAGGGGAGCAAGCGGACUUUGUUAAUUUUUUGCAGGAGACUGGAGAGGUAUCGAAAUGGACUGGUAAUGACUCUGCGGUCGACGUCCUUGUCCGCCCUGACAUGAUACCCCGUGUCUCACGUUUCCUGCGUGAACGAGAAGUUAAGUACGACGUGAUCAUACCAGACCUUCAACAGGCAAUUGACCAAGAAAAUCCCGUAGACGAGGAGGCGUUAGAAGAGCUGGCCGGCCGUAAAGCCCGUUACACAUGGUGGAAGACACUCAAGUUGCGACGGAUAUCAAAUGUACGUUCCUCAAUCCUUAGUCCUGUUAUAUCUAGAAAAGGUGGUGGAAAAACUCCAUGGCAUUUCAGGGGUCAUCGAAUGGAGUGGACGAGCUAUCACCACCUGGAGGACAUCCACGGUUACCUCGAUUAUCUAUCAGAAACGUAUCCCGAAAUCUGUUCAGUCAUGUCAAUCGGCAAUUCCGUGGAGGGCAGACCCCUAAAGGUUCUCCGUAUUUCAAGAGGUGAGCCAAAUGCCCCGGCAAUUUGGAUCGACGGUGGCAUACACGCACGUGAAUGGAUUUCACCUGCCUCCGUCACGUACAUAAUAAAUUACCUAGUGGAAAACAGUGACGAGCUAAAAGCUGAUUACUAUGUUCUACCUGUCGUUAAUCCAGAUGGAUACGAGUACACGUUUCGUGGUGAUAGACUUUGGAGAAAGAACAGAAGUAGUCCGGAAAAAGGUGGUGUAUGCAUUGGUGUUGAUUUGAAUAGAAAUUUUGGGUACAGAUGGGGUGGAUUGGGAACAAGUAAACAACCGUGUCGAGAAAUUUUUGCUGGAACUGGCCCAUUUUCGGAGCCUGAAACGGCGGCAAUUAAAAACUUUUUUGAUGCCAGUGCUGCUGAUUUCAAGGCAUAUUUAACCUUCCACAGCUACGGCCAAUAUAUCCUGUACCCAUGGGGUUAUGACCGUCGUGUACCCCCCGAUUACGCAGAUCUGGAGAAACUCGGUCAACAAUCAGCAGCAGCUAUGAAAUCAGCUGGUGGAGCUGGUAGUGUCUAUACAGUAGGAAAUAGUGCAACUACCCUCUAUGCAGCAGCAGGUGGUGCUGAUGACUGGGCUAAGGCCUAUCUGAAGAUCAAAUACGCCUAUACUAUUGAACUCAGGGACAAGGGCAAGCAUGGCUUCAUUCUCCCAGCUAACUACAUUAUACCAACCGCCAAGGAGGCACUCGCCGCCGUAUUAACUGUCACUAAGGCAUGUACCAAGUUGUAAGGUUGCAUCAUUCUCAUAUAUUAAUAAUGUAAAUGUUCUGAGAUUCAUUAAAAAUUAAAUUUUAAUAGAGUGUUUUCCAUCAAUUCAUAAUUAUUAGGAUUACUACUAUUUUUAUGUAUUUUAUUUAAUAAAUAUUGAUUAAACGCA